UGUGUUAUACUAAACAGAUAUUUCAAAAACAGAUCUGUGAUAAUAUAAAUUCUGUGUUUAUAUCCAAAUGUUUUUUAUUUUUUAUUUUACUAUACAGAGAAAUGUCACAUCAAGUCUCGAGCAACAUGCAUUCUUUGAGUGCACUUCUUCAAAACAAUAAGGAAAUGUAAAGGUGUAUGUAAACUAUGUUUACUUGCUAUUUUUGUUAUAAUCACAGACUAACGCUCAUUCUCCUCUCUCCUAAACAUCCCACAUCCCUUGCUCCCCCCUGGUGUAAGUGUGGUGACUAAAUGCUGUAGUUAUUAGUGGGGCUCACAGCAGAUUAUGUGUCUUGGGGCUGCUUUGCUUUAUACUCAUUUAAUCCCAUCUCACUUUCCUCUCUAUAUUUGAUUUAAUGGUAAUCAUGCUGAAAAAGCUGCUGAUAUUUACCUCUUGCUUCAUAACACCAGUAUAACUCAUUUCACCAUUAUGACUAACUAUUAAUAUCAUGCAGUAAACAUUUUACUAAUUGUAGUAACUGUAGUAGCUGUCCAUCAGUGCUGGGUGGGUGGGUUGUAGUUGUAGCUCAUUACUAAGACAGCAGUGACAAUCUUUAAAUAACUAAAACUAAUUGUAUGUUUUUUCUUUAUAAGCUCCAGCCACUUUUGCCUCAGAGGCUCCUGCCCCUACACCUCCAGCCAUGUGGAGACCUGAGCCAGUGUUCCAGCCGCCAGCUGAGCUCCCUGCCCACUGGAACGAGCACCUUCCGCAUUUUCAACAGGACUGGAUCAGGAAGACUCUGUUCAGAGCCAGUGCCAAAACAGGAAAGCCAGACCUGGUCCCACAGCUGAAGCUCUGGUGGUAUCCGCCCCAGCCACCGCUCAUCCACGCCCAGCCUCCUGCCUCUCCUGACCUCUUUUUCUGCCGCCCUCUGUUUCUUUGGAUGCCACUGAAGAUGUGGUCCAUUCCACUUGUCUGUGUCCAGCCGGCCUGCAGUAAUCACAAACUGACUGCUGCUGGCCUCUACCGCACUGUGCGCAAGGUCCUGGACAUAGAUGGGUGGUAUGACCUCGCCACAGAGUACCUGGAGUGCAAGCGGUGCAAAAAGAAGUAUCCUGCCUGGUCUGAAGACAUCCUGGGACAGCUGGAUAUGGGGCAUCGCUGUCAGUUCCCUGCUUUGCUGACAUACAGGUACUCCUGUGACUACCGGGUGCUCAGGAUGAUGAGGGAGAGGACCCUGGGCAAUAGUGUGACUCAGCUUUUUAAAAAGCUGAGUGAGGAGCACAGCGAAGCGUGGACACAGCGUGUGCUGCAGUACCUGACUGCCUGUGAACCCUUUACCAGGUCCACCGUCAUCCACCCUCCUGUGUUUGCAGAGCCACCACCCUUACCUGCCCUCCCUAAGCCCAAGUGGCUGUUGGCAGUGUAUGCCAGGGAUGUGCUGAUGCGGCUGGAUGAGAUCAAGGCCAAAAUAACCUCUGUUUUUGGUUCUGUCCUCAAGAUGGACUCUACAAAAAAAGUAAGAUAGAGUUAUUUAUUUUAAUGAUUGUUGUGAAUGUGCAUACAGCUUAUGUUACAUUUAUUUACCUCACAGGUUACCAAAAAACUUGCUGGGGCUGCAGCUAACACUGCUGCCUGGAGUACAAAUGUGGGAAAUGAGCAUGGCCAAGUCCUGGUGUCCGUGCUCACAGCCGCAGAGGGUCACGGACUGUGGCCCAUGGCAGCAGGGCUCAUGAAGCGCUACAGACAGGCUGGAGUAGCACCACCGGCUAUCAUGUAUGUGGACCGAGACUGCUGCAGCCCAUAUGGCCAGUCACAGGUCAAGGCCAUGUUUUCAGAGUGGAAUGACCUCCAAGUGCGCCUUGACAUCUGGCACUUCAUGCGGCGGUUCGCGGCGGGAGUCACCACGGAGGCUCAUCCACUCUAUGGCAUAUUUAUGGCACGUCUCUCCAGGUGCAUUUUUGAAUGGGAUGCUGAGGAUGUUGCUGCUCUUCGGCUGGCUAAGCAGGGUGAGCUACUGGCGAGACAGAUGGGCCUGCUAUCAGAAAAGGCACUGUGUGAGCGGAUCAGCAGGAGGGAGUUGGCGUUGCACUGCCGGAGGAGGACCAGGGGAGUGGAGGAGACCACCAGACUGAUCAAGGCGCUCAUUGAUCAGUUUGACAAUGAGGGAGGAAAGGACACCCUGGGAGUUCCACUGCUGGACCAUGAGCGCAUCCAGCAGAUCUGGAAAGACCAGAAGAGACACAUUGCCUGUAUUCAGGACCCAGAGGGCUUCCCUCUGUAUAUCAAGACGGGUACGCUGAAAAAGGGCGGUGUGAAUCUCUGCUGUUAUCGGUGUGCGCGUGGCUCUACCUCCCUGGAGUCGUUCCACCUCCACUUAAACCGCUUCAUCCCAGGUGGGUUAUUAUUGCAAAAGUACUCAAGCCAUUUUCUUUGGCAAACAAAUUGUACAUUAAUUAUUCAUUGUUGAAAUGAUAGGAACCAGUGCUAGCGAUGCCCACUUUCAGGCCUAUCUCCUGGAAGGCCUGAUGCGGUGGAAUGAAGACCGAAUGGAGGAGGCAGUAAAGGGACAAUCCACUCUGAGGAGCUAUGGCAGUGCUCUGAGGGAGGCUGUGGACCAACUCAGCCGCAGGGUUCUGGGGAAGCCCUUGGAUGAGCGCUAUCACCCUCCUGGGGUUUACACAGGCAAGAAUCAAAUUCAAACAAUAAAUAUUAUUACCAGUAUUAAAAUGUAUUAUAAAUUCUGUUCUCAUUAAAAUAAAAAUUUUCUUUUUCAGGUGAAUUGCUGGGUAUUGAAUAUCUGUACAGCCAGACCGGAAGAACACUGACUGUGAUUGAGAACCCAGCUGAGGAGGACAGGCUGGUUGACCAGAUCAAUGAUGAGGAGGUGCAGGAUGAGGGCUUUGUGGAGGAAGACACUGAGGACAUCACACUGCCAGUGUUGUCUGGGGAUGACUCCUCCUGCUCUCCCUGGACCAGUCCACCUCAGGCCUCUCCCCUUCAGACUCCUGCAACACCAUCCUUCUCACCGCAGCCAUCCACAUCUCGUGAUGGAGAUGGGCAUCCUCCUCCUCCUCCUGUCACAGUCUCAGGGCUGUCACAACAACCACCUCAGGCUCCAGACCAGCUGGCUGCAUCCUCUGGCCCUGCACCAUCUACAGAUAGCAGUGCAACAGACCAGGCUCAAGUUAGUAUAGCUUUAUCAGAAUAAUUUAUGCUCUAAAUUAUGACAUUUUGUAUAUAUUAAUGAAUAUAUUUUGUAGGCACCAGUUCUUGGGCCCGAUGGUGUUGCUGGCUGGGACAAAGUUCAGAAUUUGGCUGGAUAUUUGGUGGACCUCCGUCAAGCCCCUUACUUGGAUGAGCAGCAGGUGAGAGAGGUUAUCCGCCUCUGGAGUGCUCUUCCUGCUGGAGACAAGGCCAGGAUCCAGUAUCAGCCCAGACAUCAGGCCAAGCUCACACAGGGCCGCUUCAAGGCCCCUAAAGGCACCAGAGUGACCCCAGGGGUGGAGAGCGUGAAGAGGUGCUUGAUCGGCCACCCAGGCGGGCCAGCUCAGUGGCCCAACACCAGCCGC